UCUGCUGUGGGUGUGUGCCAUGAAUGGAAUUCGCGAGGAGUGAGGAAGACAAAGAGACGCCGGCUGCCUAGUCCCACUGUUCCACCAGCGGAUUGCAGCGUCGGUCUACUGACUUUACCAGAUUCGUCGCCUGGGACGCUUCUCUAAAUUUUGUAUCAAGAUGAGACAGCCCGCCCCCGCCUACGGCCGCGCACCUGGCCCCGGCUUCGUCCAGAGUAUGGGGAGGCCAUCUGAUGUCGAGAUGGGCAUACCUCCCGCCGAGCCCCCCAUGGAAAACCCCUUCGCCGACAAGUACGUGCGAAUGGGUUUCAUCCGGAAAGUGUACGCGAUUCUCUCCGUGCAGCUGCUGCUCACAACGGCCCUUGUCGCUGCUUUUGUGUUUGUGCCGGAACUCAACAAGUUUGCGAAGAUGAAUGGCUGGAUUAGUCUUAUCUCGUUUUUAGCAGGCCUCGGUCUGCUGCUUGUUCUUAGCUGCUGCGGGGACCUGCAGCGCACCUUCCCGAUCAACUUCAUCCUGCUCUUUCUGUUCACGUUCUUCGAAGCGCUGGGAUUGUCCAUCGUAUGCGUGUUUUACAAGCGCGACGAAGUUUUCAUGGCAGUAGGAGUAACAGCGACAGUGUUCAUCCUGCUGACGAUUUUUGCGAUGCAAACCACCAUCGAUUUCACGGGAUGCACUGUCGUCGCGUUUGUCACCCUUAUACUCCUGACGAUCUUGGGAGUCGUGGCUGCGCUUUUCCGGUCGAAACUGCUUCAGAUGAUCUACGCCUGCUCCGGAGCUGCAUUAUUCUCCUUUUACAUCGUCAUCGACACGCAACUCAUCACGGGCGGCGCAAAUCGGGCCUACUCACUAUCGCCAGAGGAUUACAUCGCGGGCGCCCUGGGGCUCUACCUCGACGCCAUCAACUUGUUCCUCUACAUCCUGCAAAUAAUGGAUCACUUGAAAGGCGACAACUGAAUUGGAAGGGGGUGCUGCGGCCUUUGUCGCCGUCUCCACCUCCGUGCGCUUUGCGGCAGGCAGGACUCACUGCAGUGCCCAACGAGGGGGGCGAAGCAUUUUUGGCGCCCAGUCGUCGUCAGCGCCUCCUACGAUAAAGAAAAUUUUAGAACUGCUUUGGUGCAAAAGACGCCCGUGAUUUUAGUGAAUAAUUAGAAACCCACAUAGCCCCUCGCCGAGUAAGGUUUCGCUCAAAGCACGCGCUCGGUUUGAUUACCUGAUCCACCCACGUUCUCCCUGCGGAAAUAUUGUACGCGAUACAUUGAUGCGCAGUUUACGCGGUUCUGCGGUUUCCGCGAAGGUCGCACACUAAGCGGCAAUCCUCUCCUCCGCGCCAGCUUGGUCGCGGCGGAAGGAAAGGCUUACCGCAAGGCAAUUUUGCCUUUGCGUGUAGCUAAAGUUCUCCGAUUCGAUGUCCUUCCCAUUUUCUUCAGUCGUAGAUGAUGUCGAACUGAUACAGUCCACACGAUUUUCCCGAGAAGUUUGAUGCGAGCAGCAUUUGGAAAUAAUAGGGUGCAAGUAAACUAGUAUGCGUCCGAAUCUGUGCCGUCGUAAUCCCGAAUAUAAGCUUCUGGAUUGAUACCACAAAUGGAACCAGGGUUCGCUGCUUCAUGUAUACGCUUGUUAGUGUGACUCAGCUUGACUGGAAAAUGUCAUAGUGCGCAGUGAGUGUUGUGGCACUUAUUAUACAGGAGGGAUGAGAUAAGCACGUUGGCAGGUAGGAAGGCCUCAGGCCGUUUGCAUAAAUGACUACAGAAUUGGUAAAGCUUUCUUGUGCGCCGCCCAACUUCCUUUAGGCAUCGGGAACAGCUGAAUGGUGGAAGUUAAAGCUCUAGACGUCGGAUUGUUAAAAUGUAUCAUAUAGCAUUGUCGGUGGCAUGCGUACAUCCAGUACUAGUUAGUGCUCUGAAGGAGCGGUGGUUGUUUCGGAAUAGAGUUGCGCACCAAAAAUUCAUGCACAUCGAAUCCUUAAAGACACCCUGAAACACUUCUCGAGGAUAGUGAGAAAAUGUUGCCGAUCGGUCGCAGAGGGUACAUACAGCACGGAAUUUACAAUCCGCUGUCAAACACAGCGAGAAAUCGCUUGCUCUCCCUUCCUCACCGUGGUCACGUGGCGUCAUCUAAAGCACCAAUGAUACAGCCUUAUCUCGUGAUCGCGAGAGCAUUCUCCAUUAAUGUAUAAUCGCUAAUUUGUGGAUUAAAUAAAUGAAAAAUGUUGACGUGUGCAAUCGCACAAAGCUA